AUGUCGAUGACAACAACAAUCCCGAGUCUCUCCCCUGAAGACCUACGAAUCAUCUUCGAAACUACAAAUACCUAUCUCAAUAUAACAAUUAUGGAAGCAUCACUUUUCGGAAUCUAUACGGGCGUCUUCUGUGCUACAAUGUGGAAUAUCUUUUCCUCGGAACGGUCUGAAAGCGGCCGAGGAAAACAAAUCAUGAUCACCAUCAUUUCGUGUCUCUUCAUCUUGGAAGCAGUAACCUUCGGAACGGACUGGUCGUUCACACACAAUGCAUUUAUACAGAAUGGGUGGAACUUUUUCACUGUAUUUGGAGCGCUCCAAGGACACAGUCCUACAUCCUUUAGGAUGUCAUUGACGAUAAACAUUGACGGUGGGAUCAGUACUAUCCUCGCGGAUAUAUCGAUGAUUUGGCGGUGUUGGACAGUCUGGGGACGACGAUGGCCCAUGAUCGUUCUCCCCACCCUCUGCUCCCUUGCCGGAACAGCUACCAAGGUCUUUCAAACAUAUCAUUACGUCCAUGACAACACUAAUAACAUUGCGGAUACCAAUUCCUAUCACAUUGAAACGAUGUGGACGAUCUCGUACCUCUCUCUCUCUGUGGCAACAACUAUGGUCUGCACCAUCCUUAUUAUGAUCAGGAUCUUUGUGGCUGGAAGAGCGAAUCAUGGUGGUAUUCAAUUAUACAGAGGCGUGAUCGAAAUACUCGUGGAAUCGGCCUUGCUCUAUUCCGUCACGCUCCUCAUUUAUACUGUAUUCAUAGCCAUAAACAAUCCAGGAGGCUCGUAUUUCGACGUCAUCGCUCCUGUCGCACGAGGAAUCGCACCAACUCUUAUCGUGGGACGAGUCGCCGCAGGUCAUGCACGACCCAAUGAUUCUUGGACCUCUAGUUCAGCUUCUUCGCUUCGCUUCGGAGCAAGUCCUGGGGGUCAAAGCCAAGGUACAACGGACGAAGAAGCUGGUGGACAAGAAGGGCAAUGCCUGGCUGAAAGUUUCGGAGGUCAUCUCAAUGGCAACUGUGGUACGGAAGAAGAGGCUGUAAGCGGGCACGCUAAUGAGCCUAGUCAAACCAUGGCUGGUAUUAUUCAAUCUUGA